AUGGUCCACGUCUUGGGGGUGCAACUCCCAGACUACCAAUAUGCAAGGUUUGCCUUGACUGCAUUCUAUGGCAUUGGCCAUAAAACUGCACAUCGACUUUGUGCACGUCUUCAAAUUCACGACAAGUGCAAAGUCCGAAGUCUAACACCCCAUCAAAUCACAGAACUUGCCGCGUUCCUUUCCUCUCCAUCUACUUCAACACCUAUUCCUCGCUUUCCAUUAGCCACGUCGUCCUAUAAACCUCCCCCGGCCUCCACCCCACUCGCAGUCCUGAAGGAGGAGACGAAGAAGCUCUCACAGAGGGCAUGGGCAGAUCCACUGAGAAACAUCAAGAUCGAGAGCGAAGCAAGGAGAGUAGUCAAGGAUAAUAUUGCGCACCAACGCAUGAUAGGCAGUUACGUUGGCAAGAGGCAUGCCAUGGGUUUACCUGUCCGCGGCCAGAAUACCCAAAACAACGCGCGGACCGCGAAGAAACUCAACAGGGUCGAUCGUCGUGGCUAA